GUUUGUCUCCCUCAAAGGAAAAAAAUCCCAUCUAUCAAUCCAUUUCGCUAGGUUUCUUCACUUUCUUUUCGUUAUCUUAUUUAUCGCUUUCAUAUUAUAUACUCCUAUUUUACCCUUUUUUCCUUUUUCCUUUUUUAUUCUCGCACACAAAAAAACCCCAAUUCAAGAAAUUUCCUUUCCCUUUCCCUUUUUCACACAACAAACAAACAAACACACGCACACCCCUUCCUUCAUUCCUUUUCUCUCUCUCACCCUUAUUCUUGCUGUUCCCUUAAACCUUCCUUUCUUUUUUAUUUCGCAUUUCCUCCUCUUGCUUUUCUCGUCCCUCCUCCCUCUUCUUUUUCUUUGUUUACCCUAUUAUAUGUACGAUGCUGGACAUUGAUCACAGCAAAACCACAGCAGGUACUGCGCGGCCACGCAACAGCACAGCUGACCGCACGAUAUACCGGCAAAGUUGGAGCAGCGACGAACCGCCCCUCACUGCAACCCCUACAAAGGAGGCCAAGGGCCUAUGGAGUAGGCUCCGCAAACAAGCCAGUCGCAUUCAAACACCCCAGUUGCCUCACUCGCCGAGUGUUGAUUUUUUCAGCAGCAAACAGCCCGAGAACCACUCGCUCUCCUCUAUCAACCUGGCCCCCAUUCCAACCACAAGCAGCAGCGGCAGCAGCAGUGCAGCAGUGCUUGCGGAGAGGCGGCCUGAUCUUUCUCGGGUGUCUAUGAGCCAUGGGAGAAAAACGCCGAUGAGAUCGAAUAGCUAUAAGCAGCAGGGGAGGAACUUGCAGAGCUUGGAUAUUCCGAGGACGGGGGUGUUGGAUCACGGGCAUAGUUUGGAUUUGCGGCGUACGCCUAAUCAUUGGAAUCCCGAGGAAAUCACUGCAGAGUCUAUAAGGAUGACUCUGGGGGCGUAUACAGGAAAGACAGAGGACUCUAGGCCCAGUUUGCGCCGUCUUUUGAUGCCCGAGCGAAACAGGCCAAUUAUUAGCGGAGCAGCAGUGGCUGCUGAUUUGGCGUUGCUGGCACGGAUUACCGAGGACGAUGAGAAUGCCGCGAGUGGUGCGGCAGCGGCAGCUGCUGCUGCGGCAGCAGCGGCUAAUCGGUAUGUGUUUGCUGAUGCAAAGAGGUUCUCGGAGAAUAGCGGGUUUACCGUGUCCAGCAAUGACACGACUUUGGGCGAUCAGACGCCUGAGGCUGCAAGGCUGAGAUCACCUGGGUUUGGCACUGGCGGCGGGGGCGGGAGCGUGACGGGCAGGCCUGUGGCUAUUUACGAGGACGAUGGCGCCUUGGGUGAUGCCUCAUCGGGAGGUGGCGAUUACUCAUUGGGCCGCAGUUCAGGGUUUGCUGCGCAGUUGGCCACGGGUCCUCCCAACAGUGCUGGCGGGCGGCGGCCGCCGCUGAGGGCGCUGACAAAGACUGUGUCCGAGGACACUUUGCACGUUGUGAGAAACAUCAAGCCGUUUGACGAGAUCAAGCCUGUAGUGCAUAGUGUUGUCGUUGACAAAUUCGCUGAUGUUAAAGCCGCUGCUGCUGCUAUGGGUAUGGCUACUGUUGUGGAGCGACCGGGAACUAUUACCAGCGAGAGCGGUGCCAAUACACCGACAGAUCGGCGGUUCUCCGUAUGCUCAUUCCCGGACUCUGUUCUUCUGCCGCCGAGACCGCGGUCGCCCAUAGUAGAGCCCGAAAUCGAGUCAGGAUCGGUGGUUGAGCCGACAGUGAGUGGUGAGCCUGUGGAACCAAUGAAGGGGUCGCCGGCGGAGGCCAAUAUGGAGUAUUUGCGCGGGUUACAGGCUGAUAUUGACGCGCUUCGGUCGAGGACGCGGAGGCUGGAGGCUGAGAACGAUAUCUUGGUCCAGUUAACUACCGUGGACCCGAUGGAUAGUAUGCCUGAGGGCGUGAAGAUGCGCUUGAGAACUUUGGAGCUUGAGAAUGUCUGGCUGCGCGGCGAGCUGCGUCGGCGCAAAUGAUAUUGUUCUUGUCCUUGUCCUUCCUUCCUUCCUUGCCUGACUGCCUGGCUACCUGCUUGAUUAUUUGUUGUUUUUAUCCUGAUCUGAUUAUUUUUUAUUUGUCCUUUUUCUCACACAUUUUAUCUCUUCUUCCCACCUCCUUUUCCUUUUUCUUUUAUUUCCUCUU